CGUGAAGCCCGCGCCGUGACUACACCACACCAAAUCGUUCUGCUUCCGGAGCAGAGCGCUCGCAGCUAGCACUUGGAGAGUUCGCCUCAACGGUGAGUAAGCUCUUGACUAGAACUGUACAGCCCUACCUUUGAAGCAAUCGAUUGGCUCUUGACUCCAUUCGGAGAGCAGCGCAAGCGAGAAGGCCUGCUCUGAAAGUUUCCCAGGACGCGGUUCGAUGCGCGCCGCUUGCAGACAUCUCUUUCCCGCCAGCUUUUCUUGCACACUCUGCUGCCAACACAUUCAAUACAGCUCGACGCGACACUGUUCGCAGCUCAGCAUACCUCUACUUUCCCCCAUCCGGCGUUCAAGGAUCGGCCAAACGCUGCAGCGCUGUCUGUCCUCGCGGUCAUUCACCAGCAGAGGGUUUCUGCGAUCACACACGAUGAGUGGUGACGCGCACACUGGGUCGAGCAAGGAUGAUGGCGAGAUCGGUCUGCCCAUGACGCCCAGGCUCAGCUCAACUCUAGUCAUCCUAGCGCCAAGUCGAAGCAGCGGCAGCACGCGCAGCUGGGAAGCUCCCUGGAUGCGCACACUCAUGGUCCAACGAUCGUCCAGAAAGGGCAGCUCCUUCAGAUCCGCAGUCGUCUUCCCGGGCGGAGUAGUAGACGACGCGGACUUCGAGACCGCCGAAAUCGCUUGUGAGGCCAAGACGUACAAUGACGAGAAGGAAAGAAAGGCAGAGGUCAAGGAGCUGGCGAUUCGGAUUGCAGCUGUAAGGGAGACUUUUGAAGAGACGGGACUGCUACUCGUGCCAUCUCGCGCGGAGGCGAGAGGAAGCAUACCUCGCUGUAGAGCCGUCGGGGCUGGAGAAGCUGGCAUGAGCGUGGAGGAGUGGACUGCGAUGCGUGACAAGGUGCAUACAAGCGCCAAGACAUUCUUACCGUUCCUGCAAAAGGUCUACGAGCGUUCGAUUGGCUCGGGGUUUCCGAAGGAAUCAAUUCCUGUGGCGAACAUGGCAGCAUACAGUCGCUGGAUUACGCCCAAGACAGUCGUUCGUCCGGCCAAGCGCUUCGAUGCACACUUCAUGCUAACCGUGCUCGAUGCGGAAGAUGUUCUGUCACCUGCCGGGCCUGGUCCUUCGGGGGUAGAGCGCAUGGCGAGCGGGGACGUCUCGGGACUAAGCGCAGACCAGCAAGAGGUUCAGAUGCUGAGGACAGACACGCCAGCUGAGCUUGUUGAAGAAGCUUUGGCUCAAAAGCUCAUCAUGUUCCCUCCACAGUUCUACAUACUUGCGGAUUUGGCAUCUGCGCUCGCUCAGCCUGUGGAAGAACCCCUGUCCACUAUCCGCCCAUUGAUCUUCAGUGAUCCAAAGAGCAGAGACGCCGAUCAGAGUAGCUCAGCACACGGCGGCCCUGCUUCCUCUGCAACAGUAUCGAGCGUCAUAACGGAGAGCCGCAAAGCAUCCAUGUCACCCAUGGGACAGCUCACGGCGGUCGAGCCUCGAGCUGUGGUAGAGAGCGGAGCACCUGUGCCGAGCAAAGCAGGUGCAGCUGAAGAGCAAGGGCAGCAGUACGCGUUUCCGCUGGUCUUGCCUGGAGAUGUGGCAAGCUCUGCACCGCAGAGACUAGCAGCUGGUCUACCUGCUCGAGCGCCCGGCCGACGUCAAGGCCGAGAAGCGCCCCCACCGCCUUUGAACAGGGUCAUCGUCAGUCCGAGAGCAGGCAACCUGUCUGUCUGUGGCGUCAUCAGAAGAGGCAUGCCUGGCUUGCACGACUUCACUUUCGGAUGGCCGGGAUUGGAACCUGCCGUCAAAGAUGGCGCUGAGACAGCUGCUACUGCCCGUCUUUGAUCCACGUGCGAACACAUCACAUUUCGUAACCUCUCGCUUCACAUAGCAAAUGCAUGCUUGCUGCAGUG